AUGACCAGCAGCGGUCCCUCUACCGCUCCAGCUGGCGCCGGUGGACCCAGGCCACUACCGCAGGCGGCUCAGAGCGAGGCUGUGAAGGAGAAGAAGGACUUGGCCAGCUGGUGGAAAAACUUCAAGAGGAGCGACAAGAAAGGGCAGGAUCAAGUGGCGCCCCAAGGCAUAUUCGGCGUGCCACUACAGACUAGUAUCCGUUACGCCAAUGUCGCCAUCAGCCUUUUCAACGAAGAGGGCCAGAGUUACAUCUAUGGCUACGUACCCAUCGUUGUGGCCAAAUGCGGAGUGUUUUUGAAAGAGAAAGCGACCGAUGUUGAGGGUAUUUUCCGGCUUGCUGGCAGCGAAAAGCGCAUCAAAGAGCUUAAGGCUGCCUUUGACAGCCCAGAUCGCUACGGCAAAGGUCUUGACUGGACAGGCUAUACCGUUCACGAUGCUGCGAACAUCCUCAGGCGAUACUUCAAUCAACUUCCGGAGCCAAUCAUCCCACUCGAGUUUUACCAACGAUUCCGUGAUCCGCUGCGGAACCAUCAAGCACAGGCUGUGGGAGCCAUCGAAGCGCAAAGCCCGAGUGAGGGUGAGUUCGACCAUGAAGCUGCCAUCAGAGCUUACCAGAACUUGAUCACCGAGCUCCCGCCCUUGAACCGCCAGCUGCUACUCUACAUUCUGGACCUCCUGGCUGUGUUUGCAAGCAAGUCGGAUCUGAACAAAAUGACAACCCCCAAUCUUGCGGCCAUCUUCCAGCCUGGUAUCCUCAACCACCCACAGCACGACAUGGCACCUCAGGAAUACCGACUGAGCCAGGAUGUGCUGAUCUUUCUGAUUGAGAACCAAGACAGCUUCCUGAUCGGUAUGCAAGGUACAGCAGCAGAUCCAGAGACCGUUCGAGACGUGCAGGGUGGUGGUUCUCCGGCAAAGCCACCGACCACUCCCACAACCCCUAACAGGUCCAAGACUGUGAUCGGCAGGUCAGGAUCUAACUCGAGCGUGGCGGCAGAGAGCGUCAGGAAAUGGGGAAGCAUCCGCAGAAACGUCUCUGUCUCGAGCAAGCACAGCAAGCGAUCGGAGAACAUUGCACCUCCAGGGACGCCAACGCCUGCCACCCCGACCAGCGGUGUCCAUAGGAGCAAUACCGUCCCGUCAAGGAGGGGCGGUAGCUCAGCGCAGUCUCCUCGGUUUUCGCAGCAUAAACACUCAGACCCUUCGACGCCCAACCCAUCCACCACCGCAACAGGAGCUACGAUUGCGCCUCCUGGUGUUGUGGAGACGAUUGUCCAAAGACCGUCGACGUCCGAGAGGCACAGCUCGAUUCAGAACACACCAACCGCUACGACUGCGCCUGCCUUCCCCGCGCCUAUCGAGGUCACGUCCGCUUCGUCCAGCGAAGCAACGACGCCUCUGGCUGGUAUGGGAAGCGAAACAUCAUCUGCGGUCACUCGUGACUAUCAGACGCCCAAGAAGGAUACAACACCAUUGCUUGCACCCGGUGGUAGCCAUGAAAAGUCCGGUGAAAGAUCCACAUCGAACACGCCGUCUGCUGCUUCAGGUCGCAAAGGGUUCCUCGAUAUUCUCAAGCAAUCUCCAACAAGCGAUGGCGAGGGAAGGAAGCCUAACAAGCUUCAAAAGAAACGUAUUCCCGGAUCAACACUAUCCAGUGCUCAAUCGUCGAAUCAUUCUCUACAUGAUGACCACCAGGACAUACAAAGAUCGCCAGUCUCGCCAAAGUUUUCGACAGUCCCGCAAUUUUCGGCUCCUGGACCUGGACCUACACCAGCACCAGCGCCAGCGCCAGCAGUCGCUCAAGGACCUGCUGCUGCGGCUGCUGUUGCUGCAGUAUCGGGACCAACUGAUGUUGAGGGACAUUCAACUUAUGCCACGGCUCAGAACACACCAAUCGCAGAGCAGACGCCAUAUCGAUACCCUACUGAAACUACUUUGCGGCCAACUGUAUCACCGUCGCAUUCCUUCCAAUCUCACACAGAUACUUCUGAUGCUGAUAUGGUGGGAGACGACAUGCCAGCACAAUCUGAGGAAGAACCGAAGGAAAAGAAGCGGCACCGCUGGCGCUUCUCACGAACACAGAACAAACUUGAACAACCAAGCACUCCAGGCAAUCCAAUGAGUGCAAAGGAGCACGCAACGUCACGAUCAACUAUCGGCAGCGGCGGCUCGCAACCCCGGAAAAGCUUCCAGGAGCCAGCGCCUCUUGGUUCUGUUAGUACCGAUCCUGUCAUUGGCGGUGUUCAGCCUUCAGCGACUUCGGAUACGGUAUUCUCGGACUCUGAGCGUGAGCGAAGAGGACCGAUGUCGUGGUUGAAGAACAAAUUGCAAGAGAGGAAAGAGAAAGACAGCGAAAGGCGAUCGCACACUCCCGAGCGCGGUCACGAAAGAUCGAAGAGCCGGCAGGACGUCCAACUAUCCGCAAACGAAGGACUGCCCGUUCGGGGAAAGUCGUUUGAGCAGCCAAGAGUCGUAUCGACAUCGACAACAACAUCGACUGCGCCUCCCGCAGCAGCUCAGCAAGCUCAGCAACCUAUCGCAAGCACCAACGGCGAAAAACACAGCGAGAACAUCGAACCGAAGCCCGAAUCGAAGGCUGAAAUUUGA